UGUAAACAGUGGGGUGUCGCUCCAGGACCUUUUGCUUAAGAGUCCCCGUCCAAAAAACCACUGAGUCUCUGUUGCUGUCUCCAGGCUCUUUGGUCCCAAGGCUGGGCAGCUAUAAGGCUUGCAGGUCUGCGAAGUGCAGCCCAACCACUGGUGAGCCAACCAGGAGGCCGAAGAAACUCCCGUGAGUGCCGAGAUGUCGGAAAAUAAGGCUGGGGUAUGGAAAGUUGCAGAGGUGAUCCUGGGGAGGCCGUCCACUAGCAUGUGGGGCUCUGUGGCAGCUGGCUACCAUGGCAGAUGCUUUUCUCUUCCGUCGUACUGAUGACAUCCUGUUAACCUUAGAGCCUUCUUCCGGUGUGAAAGUAGCAGCCCCGUGCUCGUGGCUCAUCUGACUGCAUGAGGAUGGCUGGUGAAUACAAAGUGUAAGAACUUGGCUUAUCUAUCAAGUACUUGGAUGUUAGCUGGUCGGGUAAGACGAGCGUACCCCCGACCCACCACCCCUAAACAACUACAGACACAGGCUUUAGGGGUGUUACCUCGGGACAGGCUUGUCAGUUGGAGGUGGCCAGUUCACCAGAGGGUUUGGCUGGGGCAUGUGGCAACGGCAGAAUGUCCUUGGCUUCUGAUUUAGCUGCGGAAGGGGGCAGAGCAACAGUAUUGUUUCUUGGAACAGCUGUGUGCAGUCUACAGUGCGUUACAACAGGUGGAAGCCAUUACUCGAGGUCUACAGAGUCAUAGAGUAAUGCAAAAAAACCCCACUUUAGGGGCUUCCCUGGUGACACAGUGGUUAAGAAUUCACCUGCCAAUGCAGGGGACACAGGUUCGAGCCCUGGUCCGGGAAGAUCCCACAUGCCGUGGAGCAACUAAGCCCGUGCGCCACAACUACUGAAGCCUGUGCACCUAUAGCCCGUGCUCCGCAACAAGAGAAGGCACUGUGAUGAGAAGCCCGGGCACCGCAAUGAAGAGUAGCCCCCGCUCGCCGCAACCAGAGAAAAGCCUGCAUGCAGCAAUGAAGACCCAACGCGGCCAAAAAAACCCCUACUUUACUGGUCAUGAAGUUCAGGAAUGCGCCAAUACAAAUGCCGUACACUGACAUUUCCCCCUGCCCUACAGCCCCUGUGCUGCUGGGCUAAUUGAAAGGAUGAAGGGACUACUCAGCAACUGACACAGAAAACUCUCUCUUCCAACAUGAGGACAUGUCCCAGGAGCAAUCGUCCCAGUGCUGACGGCCUGUUAACCCAGAGGCAACUAGUCGACACAAUCCAAGCUCAACUGUCGACCACCUAACGACUGCUGCCAAAUGGUCGGUCAGGCCAAUAACUUGCUUUUGCCCUUGACACAGGAUCUACCCCCAGAGGAACACAUCAUAAAUGACCCUAGGACUGGCAGGUCUUAGAAGACCGUCUUCAAAAGCCCAAGAUGAGGUUCACACUUACACGCUGGUGCUUGACCCUCUUCUUCUUUCUGAAUCGCCCAAUUCCGGUUCUUCCUGCCACUUCAGAGGGGACCCACCCUCCAACAAUAGAGCCGGAGCCAUUUCUCUACCUUUUAGGAAAGCAGAGACUGUUGGAGGCACAGCACAGAUGCUAUGACCGAAUGCAAAAGUUACCCCCAUACCAAGGAGAAGGUCUGUAUUGCAACCGUACCUGGGAUGGAUGGUCCUGCUGGGAUGACACACCGGCUGGAGUGCUCGCCCAACAGCACUGCCCAGAUUAUUUUCCGGACUUUGAUGUAGCAGAAAAAGUUACAAAGUACUGUGAGGAAGACGGGCUUUGGUACACGCACCCUGGCAGCAACAUAUCCUGGUCCAACUAUACUAUGUGUAACGCUUUCACUCCUGAGAAGAUGCAGAAUGCAUACAUUCUGUACUACUUGGCUAUUGUGGGUCAUUCUAUGUCGAUGUUCACCCUGGUGAUUUCCCUGGCGAUUUUCAUGCUUGUUAGGAGCCUUAAGUGCCAAAGGGUGACUCUGCACAAGAACAUGUUUCUGACUUACGUUCUGAAUUCUAUCAUUAUCAUCAUCCACCUGGUGGAAGUUGUGCCCAACGGAGAGCUCGUGAAAAGGGAUCCGCCGAUCUGCAAGAUUUUGCACUUUUUUCACCAGUACAUGAUGUCGUGCAACUAUUUCUGGAUGCUCUGUGAAGGGGUCUAUCUUCACACACUCAUCGUGGUGUCUGUGUUCGCUGAGAGACAACGCAUGUGGUGGUAUUAUGUCCUGGGCUGGGGGCUCCCGCUGGUGCCAACCACUGCCCAUGCUAUCGCAAGGGCGCUGUUAUUCAAUGACAACUGCUGGCUGAGUGCGGACACGAACCUGCUUUACAUCAUCCAUGGUCCUGUCAUGGGGGCAUUAGUGAUCAACUUCUUCUUUUUGCUCAACAUCGUCCGGGUGCUUGUGAAGAAAAUGAAGGAAUCCCAGGAGGAGGAAUCGCACAUGUACCUGAAGGCGGUGAGGGCCACUCUGAUCCUGGUGCCCCUACUGGGGGUCCAGUUCGUCGUCCUUCCCUGGAGACCUUCCCACCCAGUGCUUGGAAGGAUCUACGACUACGUGAUGCACUCUCUGAUUCACUUCCAGGGACUCUUUGUUGCCGUCAUUUACUGCUUCUGCAACCACGAGGUCCAAGCUGCUCUGAAGCGUCAAUGGAACCAAUACCAAGCCCAGCGCUGGAGUGGCCGCCGCCGCGCCAACCGUGCCGCCAACGCUGCCGCCGCCACUGCUGCUGCCGCCGCCGCCCUGGCUGAGGCUCCUCAGAUGCCUGUCUACAUCUGCCAUCAGGAGCCAAGGAACGAGCCCACCAACAACCUAGGCGAGGAGGGGGCUGAGGUCACCGCUAUGGAGGGGGCUGAGGUCAUCGCUAUGGAGGGUGAUGAGGUCAUCGUUACCGAGGGGGCUGAGGUCAUCGCCAUGGAAAUCAUCGAGCAAGAGUCAUCCGCUUGAAUCUGACGCAAAUACAGCAUCGUGAUCACUGAGCCCUCAUUUCCUGGGAGAAAGACCAACCAUGCUUUUACAGUGAUUUCCAUCCUCCCAGGAGCAAACAUCUCAUUUGUGAGAAUUAUUAAGUGCAUUUGUCCAUAGUGAACCUGAAGAAAGUUUUACUUGGUACUGUUGCUUCCGGGAGACAGUCUCAGAAUGGAGUCUCCCUCUGUAACACUUGUGAACUCCUGUGAAUUCCAUCUUUCAUCCAGGACUGAGAUAAAAACGUCACAGUAAUGCAAGCAAAGUGUCCGAGUAAAACACAGUUAAAUUGACCUAGUUCAGAUACAGGGUGCUCCUAGUUAAUCUUGAGCCAUUUAUACCUUUGAAAAAUUAAAAUCACUGUCAAUGUUUUUCUUUUUAACUCUAAACCUUGAAUUAGGACACUUCUGUAUUUGGCUAUGGAUCUCAUUUUUAAUUUUUUUUUAAUUUCUAUCAAUUCUGAUGUUACUCAGAUGUUUUACCAUCCACACAAUGUAAACUGCACAAAUUACAAUGUGACCUCCACAAGACCAUGUGGCUUUCCAAUACAGAGAUGAGAUGACCAAGUGCGUGUGGGGGAAAAGAUUUGCAUUUGGCAGGAAAAUGUAAUGCUUUAAAUGAAAAAGAAAUUUAGAGUCAGUUUGCUCUAAACCUUAGAUGGGUCAAUUUGUUAAUUGGUUUACUAAUACUGACGCUCAUCUUGGUUUUGGAUAAUCCUAUCUGUUGCGCAGGCCCUAACUGCUGUGAGGAAUUGGCCUUCAUGUUGCUAACAUUUAUAAAUUGGGAGGUCACAAAGAAUCCAUCACUAAAUUUUUCACAAAACUGCCAAAAAUAUAAUUCCUAGUGGAAGAGAAUACUCUCUUUAAAGAGAGUUUUCCCCUUUCCUAAACUCCAGGAUUUAUAAAGCAAAUCAUUCCAAGGUUUAUAAAGCAGAUUACCUCUUGCCCUUGGGUGCUAUCUAGCAGUAAAAGAUAAAUUUGUUUAACACUGGUAAUUAAAAGACUCCAUACAAGUCCAUUAACUGCUUUACACCCAGCUUCUAAACUUAACAAGAUCUCAGCCUUUUCCAGGAAGAUUCAGUAGGACUAAUUAGAUAUCAGUUUGUAGUUGACCUCUUGUUUGCUGCUAUUAGUGAAACAGGAGGGGGAAAAAAAUUACUGCUACAAGUUUAACUAUAUAACAACUCAUUUAAAAUAAAAAUAGACUUUCUCAUUAAAAUCCAAUAUUAUACUCCCAUACCUCUCUUUACUUCCUGCAAUAUAAAAUCUUCAAAAAUCCCUGAGUAAACCAGUAUCAUUACUAGCACCUGAAAUUAAUUUGUGAAUUUGCAACAGUAACCAGUUGUUAGUUAAUGUGUAUGCUAAAUGAAGGGAUACAUUGAAGCCUCCCAAAUCUCCUCUCAUGUACAUCAUCUUAUGCCACUGCCUUUCAGAAAUGAUAUAGUUUUGGAAAGACAAAAAGUUGAUUUGUUCUGGUUGCAUAUUUAAUGCACCCAAAGAAAAUUAUAUUCUUUCACAGAAAAUGUAUUUUGGAUACUAAAGUAGCUUAAGUCUCCUUUACUUUUGAAUGUAAGGGAGGAUUUGAAAAGAGGGUAUUUUUCCAAUCACAGUGUUUAUGUAAUAGCGUUCCUAUUUUUGUUUACAAACAUGGAAAACAGAGUAUUUCUGGCAGCUCUAGAACAAAUGUGAUAAUAUCUUGCUGAAAUAUUCUAGAUGCUAUUGUGCUAAUAUAGUAGUGGCUGAAGAAAAUCAAACAGCUUACUAUAGAAAUGUGCACAGUGCCAAAAUUACGUGAAAUGCUUAUGCUACAUCCAUGUAUGAAUUAAU